AUUAUGAGAGACAAUGACGGAGAAAGAAAGAGAACUAUUUCACACUUCGGAUUACGUGUCACUCGUUUGCUCACACUUCAAACUUCACUCUUUCAACUAUUCACCUUCAUACAUUUAGCGCUCUUUUUCCUCCCCUCUGUUUUUACUUUUACCUAUCAUUUGAUAACAAUUUUUACCUGGACCAGUUAUGCUUUGUGGUGAAACUACAAUUGCUGAGAGGCGUCGAUUAAUUCCUCCCUUGUCUUCUUGCCUUUUAACUGCGAUGAAGCUGUUAUUUAUAAUAUCGUUGCGGCUUUCUGACAAUUCAGCUUCUAUGAAGUUAUUUAUAUCACCUAGAACUGGUCUUGAUAUAAGAGGGAUAACUAAAGUCGCUCUAAUAUGUGGCUACGAUGAGCCUAAGCUCUCUACUUUCGAACUCUUUGCAAAGGACAAAUCUGUGGUAAAGAUGACAUACCAGGCAAACAAAAAGACUGCGAAUAAACUCGUAUACAAACGAGAUGGUUUUGACUGUACUUUAAUUGUUGCUUCUCGUGGUGAUAUUAUCUGCUGGAAAAUUAACAGCACAUGCAGUGAUGAAGGACCCUACAGAUGUGCAACGCAAGCAAAUUCUUCAAAACCGCAAAUAUUAACAGUGAAAUCUGCCAUAGAUAAACUGGAAGUUGUUGAGACACCUGUUUUAAUCAAAGAGACAGUAACCUUCAGAUGUACAGCAAAUGUCACUAACACUUAUAAAACUGUGAAUAACUCUGGAGAAAAUUCUGUCACUUUUAAUUGGCUUGUAUCAAAUGAUAAAAAAACAGCAGAAGCAAAUAAAAAGAUAGUAGUCCCAUCUAAAAUAGAUUGUUUUGUUCCGGCAAUAUCAGAAUAUCAAUACAAGGUAACAAGCGCAGAUUUAUCGAAUAAAACAACCGUCAAAUGUUCAAUAUUUGGCGAGACGCUUACCAAACCACUAUACGCCAAAGCUCCUCCGAAAAUAACAACUACCACUGCUAAACCUACUACUACGAAAAAAAUAACUACCACUACUACACCGACUACGACGACAACAAUAACUACCACUACUAAACCGAGGUAAAAUGGGCGUGGCGAAAACCAAAGUCUAACGCAGGCACAUUUCACGGUGCGAAUAUUGCCAACGCUUCUAGAAUUUUAACAAUUGCAACAUACCUGGUUUUAUCCGAAAUUCUUCGUUAAACAACAUGGAAAAAGAACC